AUGGCACCAAGGACACUGCCUCUGUUGCUGUCACUGCUGCUGGUGGUCUGGCCUCUGACAGUACAGCCUGCGCCCCCCACCUGCUACUCCCGGAUGCUGACCCUGAGCCGUGAGAUCAUGGCAGACUUCCAGAGCCUGCAGGCUUCAGAGCCUGAGGAUUCAUGUGUGAGGUACUUGCCCCGGCUUUACCUGGAUAUCCAUAAUUACUGUGUGCUGGCCAAGCUGCGAGACUUUGUGGCCUCUCCUCAGUGCUGGAAAAUGGCCGAAGUAGAUACGCUGAAGGACAGAGUGCGGAAGCUGUAUACCAUCAUGAACUCCUUCUGCAGGCGGGACUUGGUGUUCCUCUCAGAUGACUGCAGUGCCUUAGAACACCCAAUCCCCGAGGCCACGGGUCCUCCAGACUGGCAGAGCUAAGACAGCAGGACCAGAACAACUCAGAGGCCUGAAGCUGGGUCCCCCAGGUCUCCUUUUAGUGCAGCUGUUAGACCUGCCAUGCGUCUUUCUACCUUCUGAAAGACCAGUGAGGAGCCUGCCUCUGAGCAUGCUUUGUGCACAGGUGGGAGCCUCAGCUCCUAGGCGUCUCAUUGGAGUAUAAGAGGUACACACAGGAAAGUGUACACUGGUUUCUCUUGGGGGAGCAAGCACGUGGGAACAGCAAAACCCCAUGCCUUUGUGACUGCUUUAAUGGAACAAUGGGACCAUUCUUCUUGCUUCUGCUUACACCCAAUGGAGCUUCAACCUUUUCCCUCUUGCCUGCACAAGCUUUCCUUCCUUUCUCUCAUUUUAAAGCGUUUUUACUGCUUUCGCGAUGUAUUUACAAGGUUUUUAUGUAGUGUGAACGAGCCACCCUUUCACUGAAGGGUGAUGAAAGCCAAAUAAACCUCCAUUGUGAGAAGCGGGGUGCUGCUGUGUUGCCCCACAGUGGCCUUACACAGGUUUUUCUCCACUUUCCCUCAGAGCACCUGCUAAUCCCAUGAUGCAAUCGUUGAUUCUUCUCCAUCAAAUCCGUGUCUCAGUCCUUUUCACCCCACCUGUAUAAAUGGCUGUACCUAAGGGGUUGGGAGAUGCUCUAGCUUCUGCUAGGGACACAGUGUCCCUUUGGCUGUAACCAUUGGGAACAGAUUGCACUGUUGGGGGGUGGGCAGUACCCUGUCACAAAUGCCCCAGUCACGAGGCUCAGCUCUUACAUACCUGGGAUGGACAUUGAAGGAAACUAAUGGUGAACUGAGUGACUUGACUCGAUCAAGGUCACCAAUUGUUGAGGGGGUUGGGGGUUCUCAGAGGACUACAGGCCUAGAGCUGGUGAGCUACAGAGGGGCGAAGGCAGGCACGAGGCUCCAACAUGAGCGUGGCUAGAGCUGAAAACACGGUGGAAUUGAGCUAUGAACAACACAAGUGACGGUCAGGCCCAUCCAGGCAGAACCUUCUGUCCCCAAACCAUCUGCAGGGUCACAGAAAGAAGAACCCCACCCCCUCCUAGCAGAAAACUUGGGACCUGUUAGUUAAAACCAAGGUUUUCAAGUCCUUAGGGGUCCUCUGCUUUGGACCUCAAAACUAACAAAUGGGAUGCUGCUUUUUGGGUCCCAGUCUAUCACCAAGAGCCAGGGGUGAGCACAGCCCCUGACCCAGGCACCGUCCUCCAGAGUGAACUGGUCACAUGUCUCUCCACAUCUGCUAAAGGCUCCAUCUGCUCCCUCCCAACCUUGGCAUUAACUGGAUACACCGGAUGCGCAUUCCAUCCAAACUGGGUCCGACAUUCAGUUUUCUCACAGGCCUCUCUCUGCUGUUAACUCUUUUUCUCCUAAGUAAAAAUGUCAAUCAAGCA